AUGGAUUCUAAGAUCGCAUCAGAAUGUUUUCAAGACAAGGAAAAGAGAAGAAAAAAAAGUUUUUUCCUCGUUAUUUCGACAUCUGUUUUAUCUGAUAACAAGUCAGCACAAAGACUUCUUAAAGAAAUAAGGAACCCCAAGAGGAGAGUAAAAGACUCAUACGAAAGGAAUUUAAAUGAUGUAGACGUCGGGAAUGUGGAACUGAGGGAAGAAAGAAUAAUAAGAAGAUUAAAGUCAAACUUUGAUGCUAUAAAAACUUAG